AUUAUGUCACUGAAUUUAAAUUUCAACACAGCAGUUUGUGACGUUGGGUCAAUCACAUGAGCCAAGUGUACAACAGGGAACAUGUGUUAGAGUUUAGGGAAGUACGCCAGCAAACUGAAGUGAAUAGUUGAGCAGCUGCAGCACAUUUGAUCUUGAACUGCUCUGACUGGAUGUUCGUGCAAAGCUGAUAUCCCAGAAUUCCUCGGUGUGCUGCUGGCUGGUGUGUGAUUGGCUACAGCUGCUGCUGCUGUUCCUAGUGCUGUGGUGAGCAGAGGGAGCUGCAGCGGCAUUGUAGCACCACUGUCAGGAAACACGAGCUCCUUUGGACCCGACUCGCGAAACCAGCUGAAAGAGGACGCAUUUCCCCGCGUAAUACACCAUGACAACUGAAUCAGGCGCGGACUCAGAGGCUAAGCAGCCGCAGGACAACAAGGAGACGGAGAAGAAGAAAACUAAGGCUGCAGCAGACUCCACUCCACUGCCAGAGCAGCUUCCGGCCGCUGUCGGACACAGCACUCCGGCCAAGAAAGAACAGGAGCACCAGGAAGAGGACCAGACAUCCCACAGGUCAUCCAUCAGUCAUCUGUCAAAGUCUCCAUUAAGAGGAGUGAAGAAGCCUAAGAUCAUGCAGUGUAAAGUCACUCUGUUGGACGGCUCUGACUACACACUGGAUGUGGAGAAAAGAACCAAAGGGCAACUGCUGUUUGACAAAAUCUGUGAUUCACUCAAUUUGCUGGAGAAAGACUACUUUGGAAUAACAUACAAAGAUGUGGAGAACCAAAAGAACUGGCUGGACCCUUCGAAGGAACUAAAAAAGCAGGUCAAGACUGGACCCUGGAACUUUGCAUUCAAUGUCAAGUUUUACCCUCCAGAUCCAUCCCAACUUGCAGAGGACAUCACAAGGUACUAUCUGUGUCUUCAGCUGAGAGAUGACGUAGUAUCCGGUCGCCUGCCCUGCUCCUUUGCCACCCACACAGUUCUGGGCUCUUACACAGUGCAGUCUGAACUGGGGGAUUAUGACCCCGAAGAGCUGGGCAGCGACUACAUCAGCGAGCUGCGCUUUGCGCCCAACCAGACCAAAGAGUUGGAGGAGAAGGUCGUAGAACUCCACAAAACCUACAAGGGAAUGACGCCGGCUGAAGCAGAGAUGCACUUCUUGGAAAAUGCGAAAAAACUGUCCAUGUAUGGUGUGGACCUCCACCACGCUAAGGACUCUGAGGGAGUGGAGAUCAUGUUGGGAGUCUGUGCCAGUGGCCUUCUUAUCUACAGAGACAGAUUACGGAUCAACAGGUUCGCUUGGCCCAAAAUCCUCAAGAUUUCCUACAAGAGGAAUAAUUUCUACAUCAAAAUCCGCCCAGGCGAGUUUGAGCAAUUUGAAAGCACCAUCGGUUUCAAACUUCCAAAUCACCGGGCGGCCAAAAGGCUUUGGAAGGUCUGCGUUGAACACCACACGUUUUUCAGGCUUGUAUCCCCCGAGGCCCCUCCAAAGAAGUUACUCAGCCUUGGCUCCAAGUUUCGCUACAGCGGCAGAACACAGGCUCAGACCCGCAGGGCAAGCUCUCAAAUCAUCAGGCCCGCUCCGUUCUUUGAGCGGUCCGCCAGUAAACGCUACACCAUGUCCCGCAGCUUAGAUGGAGCUCCUAUUAUGGAGAACCACGAAACUCUGAUGAAGGACAGUGCCACUGAUGGAGCAGCCAAAGUCUUUGCCAAGGGAGACAUUAUCACCACGGUGACAACGGAGGAGAAAAAAGGAGAGGAGGAGAAGUCUGAGCAAGAAGAUUCUAAGAUGGAUCAGGAAACACCUGAUGCUGCUGCCGUACGGGGGCUGCGACACGACACAAAGUACUCGCCUCAUGCAUACACAACUGACCCCCUCCGCUCUGAGCUCUCACUCCCUUCAUCCCCUGUUACAUUAACUAAAGUACGGUCGCGGCGCAGGGAGAAUGUGCGUAAACGUGCCUCAUCGGUCAGUCCAGCCAAGAGCAGUAACGGGUGCCGCCGCCGACAAGCCCGAGCCGAUCGCAAAGCUGCCUUGUUAGAGGAGCAGGCGCUGCUGCUGUCAGCCCGCAAGCAGAGGCUGGAGCAGGGCAAGCGUCGCGGCGGCACACUCUUCUCCUUCUCUCUGCACCUCCCCGAUCUGUCCUCCAUCCUGGACGAGGACGGCUACAUCACCUUCCCCGAUCUGUCCGAGAUGCGCUUUCUCCCUGAGUGUGCACAACACCUUCUUCCCAUUAAGUCACCAUCGCUCAUCCCGUGCUUCCUCUUCAUCUUCUUCUUCCUGCUCUCCACGUCCUUUUCUGUCCCCUACGCCCUCACCCUCUCUUUCCCCCUGGCGCUGUGCCUCUGCUACCUGGAGCCCAAGGCAGCUUCGCUGACCGCCUUCGUAGCCCAGGGCUACAAUGACAGUUCAGAGGAAGAGGAGACUGACAGCGAACAAACUGACUUUGCCUUUGAUGAAGAGAUGACCGCCACCGAGUCAGAAACAGAGGAGGACUCUGAGAUGCGGACUCAGGAUACCGAGCCUCCAGUGGAGGUUGUCAAGCAUCAGACCAACAUCAGUGAAUUGAAGCGCUCCUUCCUGGAGACGGACAGCGGCGCAGCAGGCCUGACGGAAUGGGAGAAAAGGCUCUCCUCGUCCCCUGCACACUCACCCAGAGCGGAUGAAGCACCAAUGAUAGAACCUCUGGAUCUGCAGGAUAAUAAAGAUGAGCAGCCAGCAGAGGAUGAGACAGAAAAGCCUGUGGAGCCCAAAGCCACCGAGGCAACAGGAUAUCUGGUGAAAUAUGUGGUGGAUAGUGUCGUAACAGAAGGGGCGACGUCCUCUGGGCCUCGAGGAAUUAGUCCGUCAACCACCGUGGACGAUGACGUCUUUACAGACGGGACCCUCAGGGAGGUUGAGGGGAAGACUCCCGACUCUGAGGGGUUGAUGGUUCGAGUCAGCCCCGGAGCCGUCAGGCAGGAAGUCACACAGGCCAUCAUUGACAAGAAGGGAACGCUGAUCAUACUGAAAGAAGAAAAAGUCGACACUGGCGAUAAAGAGAUAAGUCUUACGGGUGAAAAAGAGGUGUUCGCCCUCCCCAGGGCUGUGGAUGCAGAGAAGUUUGAUCUCGUGUUGUCGUCUAAAGACAAAGACACUGGUAAAGAAGAUGUUUUUGCUUUUGAAUCCCACAUGACGCUGAUCAAGACCGUCGGUCCAAAGACGGACAUGAAAGCCGAUGACUUGACUCAGAUUAAGAGUACCGAUUCGCCCAAAAAGGCCAUGGCAUCUUGGAUUUCUGAAGAGACGAAGGCCGGAGCGUCGGAGUUCAUUUGUACGACUACAUGUGAAAUCAAAGAGACAAAGACCAGUGACGGCCCACAGCAAAAGGAAAACCUCUUCAACUUAGAAGGACUCGCUCAGUUCAAACAGCUGAAGACCCACUUAACUCAGAACGCGGUCUUUGACUCAUCAUCUUCGUCAUUAGAAGUGUCUACGCUGGGAUGGGUUUCCUCCCCCGGAAAGACAUCAGCAGAUUCAGAGCAGAAGGCAGCGGAAACCUCGGUGACAGAGGCAACGCCGGAAAAGGAUCUUGACGUCAGUGACGCGGCUUCCAAAGAGAUGCCUGUAGUUCACACCGAGACCAAAACUAUCACCUACGAGUCUGCUGAGGUCGACACUAACGGUGACGUAGACCCCGGGGUGCUGCUGAGUGCUCAGACCAUCACCUCGGAAACCACCAGCACCACAACUACCACACACAUCACAAAGACUGUGAAAGGAGGAAUAUCAGAGACAAGAAUCGAGAAGAGGAUCGUCAUCACCGGAGAUACAGAAAUUGACCAUGAUGAGGCCCUGGCUCAGGCCAUUAAGGAGGCUAAAGAACAGCAUCCUGACAUGUCAGUGACCAAAGUAGUGGUACAUAAAGAGACAGAGAUCACACCAGAGGAAGGGGAGGACUGACCCAGGAGUGAAACUGAGGCCCUUUUUUCCUGAUUAACUUCCCACAGACCAACAUCCACGUCUCCACACGGUAACACCGAGACUCUCCAAAGACUCCUCCCACUUCUGCAGCUCACCGCCGGCCACAGCCAUCACCUGCAAAAUAAAACAGUGCAUUUUUUUGCAUGACAAGGACCCAAAGUUGCAUAGUCCAAUACAGAUCAUGUCAUAUCAACUGUUAAAACAAAAAAAAAACAAUAGGUCCAUGAUCCUCCUCCGUGCCGAAUCCCUGUGUGCAGCAAGCAAAACUUUUUGUUUCCACUGCCUUAUGUCGUUGAUGUGUUUUUAUGAUCACUGAAAAAUAAUUAUUGUAGCAGACGUUUUAUUUAUGAAAUAAAGCCAUCACUCCUGAAACUUUAAAUCGCCAUAGGCUGUAUAUGUUAGAGUACAAAUACUAUUUAACCAUGCUGUAGAAGUGCCAACCUCAUAUUUCAGCAAGCAUCACUUUCAAGGAUUCCUGUGAGGUACGUCACUGCAUCCCAAUACUGUACAUAUCAGAGCUUCACUAAGAAAACUGCAAUUUAUCUGUCACCGUUGAUUUUUCUCAUGUCUACUUGAAAUGUUUUUUUCUGUUUUGGUUUUUUUUUUUUUUCCCCUCCUUUUUAAGAUCAUUUCAGUGUUUUCUCACUUCUCGUGAACUGAUUCCACCUCUGAGGGUCGUCUCUGGCACAGUGGCCAAGGACUGUAGUGAUUUCUGUGCGAGGAGUUGGUUUGAUGUGCCUGUGCAGGUUGUGAAUGUUUACUUUGGACGAGGAUGGGCUGCAGCCUUGUGACAGCUUUUGUGCGACUGAGGCGAAGAGGCUCAGUCUGCCCAGCUCUCCCUAAACUAAAAUGCAAAAGCCAAAAGAGAUCUGUCCCCCCCCCCCCCAACCACACCCUCCUACUAACUUCAUCUGCAUCAUGUCGUCUGUAUGCCUCCAUCAUACUUCCCUGUAUCUGAAUAACCAAAUAUUCUUCGUGUACAGCCAUGUUUUCCUUAAAUGGUCAAAUAAAAGUGGCAAACACAUCA